AUGGAGUCCCUUCUCGAUAGCCUCCUAGAUCUCGAGGAGCAGUUCUAUCAAGAGGGCUAUGAUCUGGGCGCCGCGGAUGGCACAGAGGCUGGGUACACUGAAGGCAGCGUCUUCGCCGUUGAGAAGGGCUUCGAGAAAUUUGUCGAGAUGGGCCGACUCUACGGCAAGGCCCUUGUCUGGGCUCAGCGACUGACCAAAGUCUCUCACGAUCAAUCGACCAGCGAAUCGGACAUUCUGGAUCCCUCCCUCUGCCGAGAAAUGCCCACCCUCCCCGCGCACAGUGCGCGCUUGACCCGAAACCUCCAAACGCUUCUGGAGCUGGUCGACCCUGCUUCGUUGGAUAUGUCGAAUACGGAAGAGGCGGUCAACGAUGCGGAUGAGCGCUUGAAAGGUGCUGCCAUGAAGGCGAAGCUUAUCCAGCGAGCAAUGGGUGAGCGUGAGGAGAUGCUUGGCGCUCGUGUUGACGCCAAGGAGAUGUCGGCCUCGGGCGAUGGAUCCGGCAGUAUUGAAGAUAUCAGCUCGUUGAACGUGCGCCGCUGA